CCAGCACUGAAAGUGAGAGACAGACAAGAAGAGUUAGGUCUAACCAACAAAGCCAAUGGCUCCUUCCUUCGUGAUCAACGGUGGUAUCUCCGCCGGCGGGACAGCCAACGGAGCGUCGACCGGACGCGUGGCGUCGGUCUACAGUGAAGUGCAGACAAGCCGUAUUGAUCAUACGCUUCCUGUCCCUUCCGUUCUCAAGAACUCUUUCAAGAUCGUCGAUGGCCCUGCUAGCUCCGCUGCCGGAAAUCCAGAGGAGAUCGCUAAGCUCUUUCCUCAUCUAUUUGGGCAACCGCCGGCAAUGUUGGUUCCAAAUGAAUCCGAUUCCCUCCCAUCAGAUCAGAAACUGAAAAUCGGUGUUGUUUUGUCUGGCGGACAGGCUCCUGGCGGACACAAUGUUAUAUCUGGAAUCUUUGACUACUUGCAGGACCGAGUCAAGGGCAGCACAUUGUAUGGUUUCAGAGGCGGUCCCGCUGGGAUCAUGAAGUGUAAAUACGUUGAGCUUACUGCUGAUUAUAUUUACCCAUACAGAAAUCAGGGUGGUUUUGAUAUGAUCUGUAGUGGGAGAGACAAGAUUGAAACUCCUGAGCAGUUUAAGCAAGCUGAAGAAACAGCAAAGAAACUUGAUUUGGAUGGACUUGUGGUUAUUGGUGGUGAUGACUCAAAUACAAAUGCUUGCCUUCUUGCUGAAAACUUCCGGAGUAAAAACUUGAAAACUCGUGUGAUUGGAUGCCCCAAGACUAUUGAUGGUGAUUUGAAAUGUAAAGAGGUUCCCACGAGUUUUGGAUUUGAUACUGCUUGCAAGAUAUAUGCAGAAAUGAUUGGAAAUGUCAUGACUGAUGCACGGUCAACAGGAAAAUAUUAUCACUUUGUAAGGCUUAUGGGUCGUGCAGCUUCCCACAUUACCCUUGAAUGUGCUUUACAAACACACCCAAAUAUUACCAUUAUUGGAGAAGAGGUUUAUGCAAAGAAGCAGACAUUGAAAAAUGUUACAGAUUACAUGGUCGAUGUUAUCUGUAAACGUGCUGAAUUUGGUUAUAAUUAUGGUGUCGUUCUUAUUCCUGAAGGUUUAAUUGAUUUCAUUCCUGAGGUGCAGCAGCUUAUUGCAGAGCUUAACGAAAUCCUGGCCCAUUAUGUUGUUGAUGAAGGCGCACUGUGGAAAAAGAAACUAACAAGCCAGUCUCUGCAGCUCUUUGAGUUCUUGCCUCAAACAAUUCAGGAACAAUUGAUGCUUGAAAGGGAUCCACAUGGAAAUGUGCAGGUUGCUAAAAUAGAGACGGAGAAAAUGCUUAUUCAAAUGGUUGAGACUGAACUGGAGAAGAGGAAGAAGGAAGGUACAUACAAAGGAGAAUUUAAGGGCCAGUCACACUUCUUUGGGUACGAAGGCAGAUGUGGUUUGCCCACCAAUUUUGAUGCUAACUACUGUUAUGCGUUGGGUUAUGGAGCCGGAGUGCUUCUCCAUAGUGGAAAGACUGGGUUGAUUUCAUCGGUAGGAAAUUUGGCUGCUCCAGUUGCAGACUGGACAGUUGGUGGCACAGCAUUGACAUCAUUGAUGGAUGUGGAGAGGAGACAUGGUAAGUUUAAGCCUGUGAUCAAGAAGGCAAUGGUGGAACUUGAAGGUGCACCAUUCAAGAAAUUUGCGUCCGUGCGAGAGGAAUGGGGCCUCAAGAAUCGUUACAUUAGUCCCGGUCCCAUUCAGUUUAGUGGUGCAGGAUCAAAUGCAGUCAACCACACUCUGCUCCUUGAACUUGGAGCUCAAGCUGCUUGAGCAUAUGUAAGUUAGCGGCCUCGACUAUCGUUCAUGCCUUGAGAAAAAACCCAAAACUUAAUCUACUCUGUUUCCCAAAAUCUUACUUUCUCUUAUUUUUGACCUUCUUUUGAUCUUUUCGGAAAAAAGUCUGUAUAUGAGAUGGCGUAACAGUUUUAUUCAAGAGAGCUCAGUUUUCGAUCUAAUAAUAGCUCUUGUCGUUCAUGGUGUA